CCUUAGCGAGAGCGUGGACGUUAAGUGCGCGGUAUUUAUUUUAAAUUACAUAAUAGAUGACGAGUAUAUAAUAAGAAGCUGAAGAGUGUGCGAACAAUCGUAAUGCGAUUAUAAAAUGACUAUGUCGUCUCACGCGUUGAGAAGAACAGUGUCGUCUUGGUGCUUUCUCAUUUUUGUAACAAUAGUGACUGGACAGUUAAAGACUGGAAACCUUUACAGACAGGAAGAUGCCUCGAAGCUGUCUGGAACGACGAAUAAGAAAGAGGAAGAGACGGCGGUAUCUUCGGUCACAGAAGGAACUACCGUAGUCCUCGGCACGAGAACAAGGACAGGAAGCGAUCCUGGAGGAGGUAUAGAUCUAUUAACAGCCCUGCAGCUUCACAAUACUACUCGACAGGGCGUUACGCAGGUGCCGGGUCUGGUUAGACUGAGACCAGCCUAUUAUCUUCAGGGCGAGGAGAGGGAGCUCCGACUGAACGAGGAGAACUUCGAACGGGCGGCCGCGCUACUCCGGCGGGUUCCGGAAUUCACUAUAGCCGCCGCGCUGCGCCAGGAGGAGGCCAAUUCCGGGACGAUCGUCGCCUUUUCGCACGGGAACAAUAGGUACUUGGAGCUGCAGAGCAGCGGACGUAAGGACGAGCUUCGACUUCAUUACGUAUCACGCCGCGACGGAACCGUACACGUCGAGGCGUUUCCUUUCCGACUGGCCGACGGCGUCUGGCACAGGGUCGCCCUGAGCAUAAGCGGCUCGCAGGUCGAGCUGCUGGUCGACUGUCACCCCUUGUACAGGCGGCUGCUGAGACCUGGUCCACCCGACACCAAUUUCACCCUGCCGCAGCUCCAGCUCUGGGUAGGACAGAGGAACGUCAGGCACUUUCUCUUCAAGGGUGCUUUGCAGGACGUCAAGUUAAUAGCAGGACCUCACGGUUAUCUUUCCCAGUGUCCUCAGCUCGACUCAUCCUGCCCCACAUGCGGUCAAUUUUCGAUAUUACAGAAUACCGUGGAACAACUGAUGCACAAUCUCAAUGACUUAACUCGUAGGCUAGCCGCUGCAGAGGGCAGGAUAAGCAAAGUGGAGGAGUGCGAGUGCCAAAAGUCCUGUAGGGUGAACGGUACCGUCCACGAGGACGGCGCGACCUGGAUGAAGGGUUGUCAGCAUUGUUCCUGCAUCCACGGCGAGGUCGAGUGCAGGCCGAUGCCCUGCGUUCCAGUCGCCUGCAAGCAUCCUGUCACUCGUGAGGGAGAAUGUUGCCCGACUUGUCUCAGACAAUGUUACUUGCACGGCGUAAUUUACGAUCACGGCGAGAAGGUCUCACCGAAGCAGUGCCUCGAGUGCAACUGUUCCGACGGUGUCUUCACCUGCAAGAGAAUCGACACUGACACCCAAUGCCCACCACUGCCGUGUCCACCCAGUCAGCAAAUCAGCGUGGCGGAGGAAUGCUGCAAGUUUUGCCCAGGGGUGAACUACUGCGCGAAGGGCCACAACUGUCACCCUAACGCAGCCUGCGACAAUCUCGACACAACCUACACCUGCAGUUGCAAUCCGGGUUUCCAAGGGGACGGUUUUAACUGUCACGACGUGGACGAAUGCAAGGAGAAAGGUGGAUCGGGUCAUCAUUGCAACGCGAACACGAAGUGCGUCAACGUGUUGGGUUCUUACACGUGCGAGUGUCUUCCGGGUUACUAUAGAACGACCAGCUACAAGUGCGCCGACCUGGACGAGUGCGCGACUGGUCAGCACUUGUGUGACGAGCACGCCACAUGUGUGAACACUAACGGUAGCUACUACUGCAUCUGCGAGGACGGCUAUAUCGGCGACGGCUUCACAUGCAAACCCGUGUGCAAUCAGACUUGCCAGAACGGUGGCGAAUGCGUGGCACCCGGAAGGUGUUCCUGUCGGCGCGGUUAUAUCGGCAAUAGCUGCGAACUCGACCUGGACGAGUGUGCCAGCGAUCUGCACCGGUGUCAUCAGUCGUCCACGUGUUUCAACAUGCCCGGGUGGUAUUACUGCCGGUGUAAAUCUGGCUACAGGAGCGCCCUGCACGACAGUACCCAGGGCACGCAAUGCGUCGACAUCGACGAGUGCAACAAUCUAACAAUCGAGAGGAGGCACACGUGUCAUCCUACCGCGACAUGCGUCAACACCGUGGGCAGUUAUGAGUGCGUGUGCCCGCCGACGAAGGACCUGGACGAGUCCGGAAAAGAAUGCAGACUCAGUUGCUGGUUCGAAGAUCGUGAAGUUAACAAUGGCGAGAUUCUGGCGCCGUCCGGAAAUCCUUGCAGGAGAUGCGUAUGCCAAGACGGUGUGAUCACUUGCAAGGAUCCCGUAUGUGACUGCAGCGCACCGGGAAGUCACAGGGACAAGUGUUGCCCUCAAUGCAAUCCCGCCGCGUCGUGCAGGCACCAGGAACUCCACAACCUAGUCUUCAGAAGCGGAGAACGUUGGAUAUACCAGUGUCAGACUUGCGAGUGCCUGUACGGCGAAAUAGACUGCUGGCAGAUGGAGUGUCCACCGGUGACCUGCUCGAAUCCCGUGACCGAGGAGGGCGACUGCUGCCCGCGCUGCGAGGACGAUCCCUGCGCUCGUGAGGUGCCGGCGAACGGCACCUCGUUCACGGUUCCUAGUCGUCCCCAGCCGUGCAGCUACGCCGGUAUCGUCCACGACAGCGGCAGCUCCUGGCAGGACCCCCACGACAAGUGCACCACGUGCGAGUGCAAGGUGCCGUACUGCGCCCAAUUGGACGGGCAGCUUUGCUGCAGCUACGAUUACGGCUGCGCUGGCGAUCUGGGCGACGACAAGCAGCAACAUUAUCCAGUCGCUGUUCCUGAGCCUUUCGUACGCCAUCCACCAGACCCUGCGGUCCAGUCGCUGGUCAACGGUGCACCGGAAGCAGCUCUACCAGCGGUCACCGGCACACCCGGCACCACACGCACCAUCACCACCACCACCACCACUUCCGUCGCGAGCACCACUUCCCCCGUCUCGUCGCCCUCGCACUACUCGUCAUCCUCCAGCAUCAGCAACGGCAACCCCCACGAUCUCAGGCAAGGUCACGCGACGGACUCGCACAUCUCGGUCAUGCCGCAAGCUCAGCAGGACAUGGCCUAUCACGCCAUCAGGUCGCAACAGCAGCAACGGCAGCAGCAAGUAUCGUCGACGACGAGACACCAACAGUCCGUCGGAGGCUCGACGACGUCGUCAACGGCAUCGGAACUGUCCGCGGCGCCGUCGGCGACGACGCCGCCGCCCGCGACGCCCGUCGGUGGCAGGUCGACGUCAUCGCGACGCGGCUCGUCGUCGAACACCGUCAAUCACCGUGGCAGUGCCGCCACCGCCUUCUCCUCUUCCUCGUCGUCAUCGUCGUCGUCGUCGUCGCCGACUCUCGCAGUGGUCCUGGCAACCUCAACGAACGAGGAGCCCAAUCUACCGCCCGCGAGCGUCCCUGCGCAAAUCCGCCAGCUGGUCGGUCGCCGUCGCAAGGACAGCAGGAAAUCCAUUGUCCUUGACAGCGCCACUUGAGGGCCGUGGAUUUAGAGGAAGAUAGAAAAGAACGAACUCGACACACUUGGCAAGGCAUUCCAGAGGGGAAACCCGAGGAGUCUCCCAGUCGUCCGACGCGCGUUGCCCGUUACAUCGUCGACAGAAAAGGGAAAAAUGAAAGCUCGACAGAACGCGAAGAUGAGAAGGAGCUGGCGGACCGUUGGCGGUACAGCCGACAUUCGCGGAGGAUCGGCGUCGCCGCGUUGAGGAAGAUUCGUUCCUCUCUCUCUCUCUCUGGAGCCUGUUCCCGGAAUCCGUGUCCGGCGAUCCCGAGGAAUAAUGCUCCGUCAACGGAGCUAGAUCGAUGAUCGCCUCGCUGACCCUUGGCCCUAGUCCCGCUAGGCUCCAGGUUCUAACGCCAAGAUCGAGAUCACCAGUACUAUCGAUAGCUCGUGUCGUUUGCGAUCGAGUCGUUUGCGGGUCAAAUCACGUAGUCGCUAUUGACAUCCGGACCUAGAACAGCCGCGGGCCGGGCUUACGGCUGAGAGCGCGUACGCGUCCAGGACGUUCGCUUUUCCGCUUGAAUCGCUCGCUCGAGCUGCGGUGACCUUCUUCGCCUUUGAUCGCCGUCACCAGACGAGC